CUUGAGAACAAAUUUGUUGGAAAGAGUCUUCUUCACUGAAUAUCUUGUUUUCAAUAAAUAAUCACGUAAGAGUAAGAAAGCAAAUGAAUAUUGUUAGAAUAAGGAGAAGAGGCGUGCAAAGUGACAUCAUGUUGAUGGUCACAUUAAUGAAAGUGGUUUGACAAAUUUCUGUUGAAUACAAAGGUGGAUUGUGAUCGCCUUUGGUAUGUGAAACAAGCUAUUGCGUGAUCCAUGUAGUAAAUUAAAUGGUAUACGAUGAAUAAUUAUUUCAAAUGCUUUAGUAGUAGUCACCUGAUAUCCAGUGUCAAAUAAGUGUGGUAGUGAGUAGGUGUUUAUUUGUUCGGAUCUAUCCCUUAUUCUACCAUGGUGAGUGGUGCUCAGAAAUUUGACGAUAUGCUCUGUCAUUAGCUCUCCAGGAGUCGUUGAACUGGUAAACCCACAUGGGGUUGGCUAUUUCAUCUUAUGAUGUUAUAGAGGAAGAGUUCGCCACCAUUCGUGAUAUGUUUAGCAGGAACGGCUAUCCAGAAAAGUUUGUAACAAAAGCAUAUGAGUAAUACGAAGGUUAAGACAAGAAUGCCAACAAUUCCUAAGAAAUAAAUCUUCUUGAAGCUGGAAAUCAUGAGUGACAUAGUUAGUGGGUCACCAAAAAAAUGCAUUAAAACAGCCCUGCAAACGGUAAUCCCUUAUUCUACAUCCUUUCGAUUCAACGGGUUAGCGAUAAAGGUAGACUGCCGUAUUCUGCCGCCUCCUUAUGCAUUUUUUAGUUAAAACUGCUCCUGGAGAGCUAGUGGCAGUGCAUAUCGUCAAAUUUCUGAGCACCACUCACCAUGGUAGAAUAAGGGACAGAUCCGAACAAAUAAACACCUACUCACUACCACACUUAUUUGACACUGGAUAUCAAGUGACUACUAUUAAAGCAUUUGAAAUAAUUAUUCAUCGUAUACCAUUUAGUUUACCACAUGGAUCACGCAAUCGCUUGUUUCACAUACCAAAGGCGAUCACAAUCCAUCUUUGUAUUCAACAGGAAUUUGUCAAACCACUCUCAUUAAUGUGACCAUCAACAUGAUGUCACUUUGCACGCUUCUUCUCCUUAUUCUAACAAUAUUCAUUUGCUUUCUUACUCUUAUGUAAUUAUUUAUUGUUUGUGACCGAAUACCGGAGAAGAAAAACACCCUAUUUACUUUAGUAGCUACAAUGAAAUUUGCUUAGGAGUUAACCUGUUUCACAUUAUAGUCACCAGUUUUAAGCACGUAUAACUACUCUGUGGAUUAUUUGCAUCCUAAUUUUGCAAACGUUUCAUCUUGAUGACUUAGUUAAAAUCUGUACUGUUCACCUAAUCUCCUACCAUCUGGUUGGUAUUUUAAUUGCAAACGUAUACGUUCGUAUGGAGCCGAAGACGGAGUUGGAAAGGAAACCUUUUCUUCACUCCAUAAAUUUUUUCUAAACUAACAUUACUUACUAUUUAUUAAAUAAGUAGUUAGUAAAAUAUGUCUUCAUUUUUUGCUUACAGCUAAACUAGAAUGGAUAUUGAAACUCUGGAAAAUAGAGUAUGCGAAUUAGAAAACUUGGUAUUUGGACCAAAUAAAACUGUAAAACAUUUGUCAAGUGAACAUGAAAAGAAUUUAGUAGAUCAACUGCAUGAAUUAUACUCAGCCAUAUCAAUUGCUGAAAAACGUCCAAUCAGUAGUAAAUUACUGUCGAGAAUCAAUGAAAUUCAAAAGUAUACUGAUCCAAAUUUCAUGGAAGAUGAUAUCCUUUUAACAAAGUCGAAAAUAGAAAUUAUUUUAGCUCAAAAGGAUAAAAUAGAGAAAAUGGGCAACGAUUUGGAAAAAAUUGCCAAGUUAGGAGAUUGUCUUAAUCAUCCAGCACUUAGUGAAAUAAGCACUUUGAAAAAGAAGUUUGAAGAAUUACGAAUAGUCCAUAAUGAUCAGUAUGUUAUAUCAGAGAAAUUGAUAGCUGAAACUCAAGCCUUAUUGAAUACAUAUCAUAAUUUGAUACGUGAUACAUCCAAGCUAUUCAUGUACUGGAAUCAACGUGUUGCAUCAUCACCGUCUACUGCUUAA